AUGGCGCCGGUGGAUCCGCACUCCUACACCGACGGCGCGCACCCGGUGACCUCCCACGCCGCGCUCGCCUUCUACCUCGACUUCGCCGCCUCCACCAUCCACGCCUCCGCGCUCGUCACCCUCUCCGCGCCGCACACCGGGGACCUGCUCCUCGACACGCGCGCCCUCGCCGUCCACUCCGCCGCCACCGCCUCCCCCGACUCCCCCGCCCCCAUCCCCUUCUCCCUCGCCGCCGACGACGACCCGGUCCUGGGCACAGCGCUCACGCUCACCCUGCCCCCCGACACCGCCUCCUUCCUCCUCACCUUCUCCACCUCCCCGGCCGCCUCCGCGCUGCAGUGGCUCGCCCCGCCGCAGACCGCCUCGGGCCUCCCCUUCGUCUUCUCCCAGUGCCAGUCCAUCCACGCCCGCUCCGUCUUCCCCUGCCACGACACCCCCGCCGCGCGCAUCACCUACUCGCUCCUCCUCAACGUCCCCGCGCAGCUCUCCGCCGUCGCCGCCGCGCGCCACGUCGCCCGCCGCGACCCCGUCCCCUCCGACCACAGCGGCGCCUGCGACGACGCGCUAUGGUGCGCCCCCGGCCGAAUCGUCGAGGAGUUCGAGAUGGCGCAGUGCGUGCCGCCUUACCUCUUCGCCUUCGCCGCCGGCGGGAUCGGCUCCCGGGACCUCGGCCCCCGGACGCGGGUCUACGCCGAGGGCGGGGACACGCUCCUCGACGACGCCGCCCGGGAGUUCGCCGGGGUCGAGGACAUGGUCAAGGUCGGGGAGUCGCUCUUUGGGCCCUAUGAGUGGGAGAGAUUCGAUCUGCUGGUGCUGCCGCCCAGUUUCCCCUACGGCGGCAUGGAGAACCCCAGGAUGGUGUUCCUCACGCCCACGGUGAUCAAAGGGGACGCUGCAGGGGCGCAGGUGGUGGCCCAUGAGCUCGCACAUAGCUGGACUGGAAACCUCAUCACCAACAAAACCAACGAGGACUUCUGGCUAAAUGAGGGUUUCACAACAUAUGCUGAGAGGAGGAUUGUCGAGGUGGUUCAAGGUGAGGAGCGGGCGGCCUUAAACAGCGGAAUUGGAUGGAGAGGGUUGAACAGAAUGAUGGAGAGGUUUAAGGAUAACAUGGAGUUUACCAAACUGAAGCCGAAGAUGGCUGGGAUUGAUCCUGAUGAUGUUUACUCAGAAGUGCCCUAUGAGAAAGGCUUCCAGUUCCUUUGGCGCAUCGAACGCCAGAUUGGCCGACCUGCAUUCGAUGAAUUCCUCAAGAAGUAUAUUGCCAACUUCAAGUUCCAAUCAAUAGAUACAGAGACAUUUCUUGAAUUCCUGAAAGCCAAUGUACCUGGGAUUGAAAAUCAAGUUGACCUUCAUGAGUGGAUCAACGGUACUGGUCUCCCUCCGGAUGCCAUGGAGCCAGAAUCAGCUACCUAUAAGAAGAUUUGUGUCUUAGCUGCAGAGUUUAAGUCUGGAAAAAUUCCAAGUGAAGAGGAGGUGGCAGACUGGAGUGGACAAGAAUGGGAGCUUUACUUGGAAAAUUUACCCACGGAUGUUGAAGCAUCACAGGUUACUGCUCUUGAUGAACGGUACAAGCUGUCAGAAAGCCGUGACUACGAGGUCAAAGUCGCAUUCCUCCAGCUAGCGAUCCCCACGGGCUGCAGGUGUUACUUCAAUGAGGUGGAGAAAUGCUUGAAGCAGGUGGGAAGGAUGAAGUACCUGCGCCCGCUCUACAGCUCGCUGGCACGGUGCUCAGGGGAGGAGGAGAAGAUGCUGGCCAAGAGGAUCUUCUCGGAGGCCCAAGAGUUCUACCACCCGAUAGCCCGCGGUGUCGCAGAGAGCAUCCUUUUGAAGCAUGGCUAGUUGAGUUGAAGCCACAUUUUACCGAGCCUGAAGUAGAGAGAACGGUCUGUGAUGCCUAUUGACUGUUUGCUCGCUCAUUUCUUCCGCAUAAAUUUAUCUCUCCUGGAGCUGACCUUGGAAAAAAAAACUCUGAACUUCCUUCGGUAAUGUCUUAUGUGAGACUGCAUGUGCAUAAUUUAUUCUGACCCUGUAAGGAACUGGAAACUCUGCCUCUUGAUAACAUUAUCCUGUGGUGAUACUGUUAUGAGCUCUUAAUGGUCAUCGUCUUUUAAGUCAAA